AUGUUUGGUUUCACAAGUGAAUCGAGGUCUAAUAGCAAUGAGGAUGGUGGAUUUGUUUCACCUGCCAAGAUUCGUUCUCAACAACAGUCGGCUUCAGUUUCGUCUAGUCAUUCGAAUACAAUGAUUCAGAAUUUACCGACCACUUCGAAUACACAUGCACUUGAUGGAGGAGACAUACAAGACAUGAUGCAUUCACCAAGAUUUGAGGAAGAUGAAGUGGACUACAGAGGUAAAGCUAGAGAUUCGAAUAAUGAUGAUGAAAUUAAUCAAUACGAAAUUUCAAUACCUGUUAGUGCGAUUGUAUUGAAUACUUCAUUUACUCCGAUUUUGGUUACUAAUCAAUCCAAUUCCACAAAUUUACUUUCGAAUAAUCAACAAUUUAUGAAUGUAUCAGGUUUAUCAAAUAAUUCUUCAAAUCAGUCAGCAUCUGGUUCUGGUCAACUCAAUUUAUUCGAAAGUUCAACUUCUCAAAAACCAAGACCACAAUCAGCUAGAUACUGUAACUCAUCCAUUUCUUCAAUUGUUCUAGCGAUGAAUCCACCAACACCUCCACAAGGAGAAAUUCAACAAAACAAAUUGUUGGCCGUUUCUAAUAUUGAAAAUUCAUUUAAUAAUUCUGGAAAUUCAUUACUGUCAAGUCAAAACUCUGCAUGCAGUGGAGCUCAUACAACAUCUUCAAUUAUUUCGAAUAAGGGAAGUGGAACUGGAAGUAAUGGAGAAAGUGGAUGGACCAUGACGAAACAGCAACGAGAAAGGUUUCAACAUGUGGAAAAAUUGAGAAGUAAAUUAUUCGAAAGUAUGGAAACAAUGAAUUGGUUGAAUGAGAAGGCAUCAUCCUCCAAACAUGCAGAUCAGAAAAACUCAGUUGAAGUCAAGAAACAGAAAUUUGUGAUGGAAUGUGUGAGCAAACUCAAGUUUUUGGAUGAAUUCUACGAUGCCCUCAAUGGGAGAGUGAGAACAUUUGAUUGUGUGAGGGAUGUGGUCGAGGCUCUUGAUAAUUUCUGUUCAAAUAUUCUCAGUUUUUCACAUGAAAAGUUUGGAUAUAUUAGGAGUCAAGAAUCAAAUGGUUCUUCCUCCUCAAGAAAAUCCAUUCGAAUGACAACCUCCACUGGGUUGAGUACUGUUUCAGUGGGUGAAAAGAAGAGUGGAAGUGGCAAUUUACUGACCGGAGCCUUGAGUAGAGAUCCCAGCUCUGAAGAUAUGGGCAGCGGUUCACCACUCACAACUACAGCCCUAUUGAAAUCAUCCCUAGAUAAUAAUAUCAACGAGUUGGCCAAUGCAAUGGAGCAAAACAAACUCUCACCUUGUUUUCAACAUGAGAGGUUGAGAGAUUUUAUUAUUGGUAUUUGGUUAGAAUUGACCAAAUGUGAUAAUAACGAGAACAAAUUGAAUACACUUUUGAAUACCAAGAUCAAACGAUCAGUUGUUGACUCUGAGAGAAUCAACAAUACAUUUAAUAACUCUAGGAGAAAUUCCACUAAUUUGACAUCACUUUUGCAAUCUACUGAAGAUUCAAGUCUCUCCCUGUUCAAUUCUUCAUUGGUGAGGAAGGAAUCAGUAAAGACCCUCGAAAAGAUCCUCAUCAUUGAAGAAAACCUUGGAGAAAAGCUUUCUAACGAUAUUAGAAUUUUGACCGACAUGUUCCUCACUGAAAUGGAUGAUAUUCUUGCUGUAUUCCACGAUAAGCAGGUAAAGUUUAUCAGAUCGUGGUAUAAUGAAGCUCUAGAUAAAUGCUUACUCCCAUUCCACUCACUGAAUGCAAUGAAGAAGAGAAAGGAAUGCCUCAAGGGAUUGAAAACAGAUCACACACUCAGUGAGGAGGAUUUCGCUCUCAAGUAUGUCAUUGAGAAGGAUUGGAAGUUUUUAGAUAGACUUUGUGAAUAUACUCCAGAUUGGAAAAUUGUAAGCAAGAAUCUUCCACUUGUCUCUGCAUGGACAUCUAACGAAAACUAUAGCAACAUUUCUGAUAUGAGGUUGACCAAGUUUGUUGGCUAUUUUGACUGUUCGAUUGAGAAUGCAACAAGAGCACUGAGUCACGAUGUAUCACUAGAAAAGAUUUACAAUAACAGAGUUGUGUGGCAUGAGUAUAGUAAGCCAAGCAUGUCAAGCUCUCUCGAAAAGUUUCCAACUGCGCUCAUGUCUUGUGUGAAUGAAACAAGUGGUCUACACAAGAAACAAUCAAUGGAAUUGGUAAUUUCAGGAAAGACCAAAUUCAUUGGUAAUGAAUCCACUACAGAGCUAGUCGAGUCAUGCUUUUGUUUCAAGUCAUGUAACAUCUUGAAAGGCAAUAAUUCAAAGGACUCGGAUUCCUCACGUUUCAUCUCAAUCGGUGCCAGAUAUAUAACCAAAGUUGACAAUAACAGAAUUAGAGUUAUGGAAGUGAGAUUUAGUAGAAUUGCAGGAUUUUUGAAAAAGACCUUCCUCUUUUCUAUCAAUAUGAAAAAGGAGAUGGGUUUAUUCUAUACAUCUCUGAUUGAAAUUUUUACAGGAGAAGAAGAGAAAGGUUUCCCACUUGCCUCUACAAGUAAUAAUCUAAUGAAAGUCAUUUGCGACUACGCAAGAACGUAUUGCCAUGUGGAUUUUGGUAUGAAAUACUCACAUAGCGAGGAUGAAAUUCCAGUCAUUUAA